GUCUUUAGAUUUAGAAAUCGUGAACAAUGUCGCACCAUCAAAUUCAAUCUCAAAAUCCAGACAAGGACAAACCGGAGAAGGAGAAAAAGAGGCGUGUGCCCUUGUACCCCGGGUUCCCGGAGCUGGCGCGGUCCGACGUCAGCAUACACCCUGCUUACUCUAAAUUGGCUUUAGCAUACCGAGUAGUAUGCCGCCACCGCUACCAUUGGGCUAAAAUAGCCCAGCGCAAGCAAUUCAUGAAGGAGUUACACAGUUUUGAGAAACUGCAGUCUAACGCCCUGGACGGUGUGAGAGUGCAUCGAGAGUUCUCGCAAGGAAUACUUUCCCACACCAUACCGCCAAGACGGUACAUUCAGAAGUUGACUCCCGACCCCCUAACAUCGAAGCAGAGAAUGCGCGUAGAAGAAAUAAUUAGCGGAAGAGUGAACUUCAGUCAGAAAUAAUGCAGCAUUUAUGUGUCUUUUAGGAUUGGCAACUGGCUGCCAACUACUGUGCACCUUCAUGCCUCCACCAUGUUCAUAAAGAAUGUGAGAAGUUUGUGGAAGGUUUUAUCUCUGGCUAACGGCAGCAUGGUGUUGGUCUAUGUGCACAAACCUUUAUUCUCCAUUACUAAAUACCAAAUAGUUAAUCCUAGAGAGGAGUUUCAUUUUAGUUGUCACAAACAUUGGAAAUAAAACACUACAAUCAA